GCGAGAAUUCGAAGUUAACUGAAUAAUCACCAUGCCGCCGAAAGUAAGUGGAAAAGCCGUGAAAAAAGCUGGUAAAGCUCAGAAAAACAUCAGCAAAGCCGACAAGAAAAAGAAGAGGAGGAGGAAGGAGAGUUACGCUAUUUACAUCUACAAAGUGCUCAAACAAGUGCAUCCAGAUACUGCAGAAGCGUCAAGAUUGGCGCAUUAUAACAAACGUUCUACCAUUACAUCUCGUGAAAUUCAAACCGCUGUGAGACUUCUCCUUCCUGGAGAAUUGGCAAAACACGCAGUCAGUGAAGGCACCAAAGCAGUCACCAAGUACACCAGCUCAAAGUAAACAGUACAUAAACUGUUUCAAAUACAAAUCGGUCCUUUUCAGGACCAACAAAUUUUUAAUCAUGUUGGAACAUUCUUUAGGUUUUAAAAAUUCGUUACACGAUACAAAAUUUUAUUCUUUUCGUAUGUA